AACGUUGAUGAGGAAACGCCAUUACUAAUGGCAUAGACAAGAGCGACAGCUUAGAGAAUCAAACUUAAUUGAAUCCGCUACGUCAGCUGAUUCUGUGAGUUGCUCUGAGUAACCUUCAUCAUGUUGUACCCGCAACAGAGAAAUGAGUUAAAUGGGUAGACUGCGCUAAAUCGAAACAGAAAGGAAUGUUGAUAAAAAACCAAUUUUAUACCAGUUUAUAUUUUAUUCGCAUAAAAUUGGGGAUAAAUUUAACAUAACUGCGCAACGAAAUUAAAUAACGAAACUACGAAAUGUAAGAAGUGUGCAUUCCAACAGCUAUAGAACCGCAUGUAGGAUGUUGCUCGAGCAGUUAUGAGAGAGUAUGCCCCAUAGUGUUCCCGUCUCUACGCCAACAACACCCCCGUCUCCCCUACCCCACUCGCGGCUCGCGAGGUCCCACAAUAGAAGGUUCCAUGUCCGAUUCCCAGGCGUGGAUUCCGAAGAGCACCUCCUUGAUUAUUACUCUUGUGCACUGGUGGCAGAUAUUUUACUUCAAGGGCACUUGUAUAUAACAGAAAAUUAUUUUGCUUUUUAUUCGAAUAUAUUUGGGAGAAAAACACAGAUACUGCUCCCUGUUAGUGAAGUCAUUAAAGUUACGAAAGAAAGAACUGCCAAAAUAAUUCCUAACGCUGUUGGUCUUUACACUGUUGGAGGCAAGCACGUCUUUGGUUCUCUGCUGCAAAGGAAUACAACCUACCGGUUGAUGCAUCAUGUUUGGCUUAAAUCUGCCGAUCCAGACACUACGGAGGAGGAGCCAACGGCCAGUGAGGCCUCUGAGCCAGGGACUUCGGACGAGGCAGUACCCAGCCAGAUCCCGGCGGUCACUGCCCCACCCCCUGCUCGGCCAGACGAUCUGCCGGUGCGCCGUCUUUCCAGGCGCAAAUCGGACCUCUUCCCUCGCAUAUCUGCCAAAGCGGCAGCUCGCCGCCAUUGUCCGGCAGCUUCCACAACGGGGGUUGUCGUCGACGAAAUAACACUCAGCAAGUGUCCCUGGGACUGUGCCAGGAGCAGGAUUAUAUUUUCAGAUUCAUCAAAAAUGCUAAGUCACCAAGUGACAAACUCAUCGCUGGGCCUUUUACUCACAAGGAACUUACUGGAACAGAGAUAUGCUCCGGCGACGUUCACAGAUUGCUUUACCAGGGUAGAAGGUAACGUCCACACAGUAGCUAACAGCAGCUUUCUUCCCAAGAGUACUUUGAUUCUGCUGGCAGCAACACUUUUAUUGGUUUUACUUUUUUUGUUGGCAACCGUACUAGUCUACAGAGUAUCAUUCCUCUACAGCAAAAACGCCAUCGAUGACAGCUGGACCUCGAAACCAGGACAAAGGAUAUCGAGAUAUUUAGAAAUAUUGAAGCAACAACAGGAAGCGGUCGAAGAAGAAAUUCAAAGAAUAACUACAACGCUGAAAAAUCGACUGAAUGAUUUGGGACAGGUUCGACAGUCAAUUGAUCAAAUUACUGCCUUUACAAAGCAAUCAUCUUUUCAUAUGCGAAAUGACAACGUAGAAGCAACUAUGGAUGCGAACGCAUCUUCGUAGAAAAAAAAUAAGUGAUGAUAUCAAAAUGCAUAUAUUUAUAUCAUUUACAAACCGUUACUUAUUGUUAAAUUCGAAUCAAAAUCAGUGCAAUAUUAGGGAAAAAGCGCAAUAUUUUUUUGAUGUUUUGUUUUCUUUUUUAAUAUCUACUGAAAUAUAUGCAAGUUUAUUGCAAUUUCAUAAGACUGUUGUAAAACAGGACUUCUUAAAGAUUUUAAAUACCGCAAUUAAAAAUUUUAUCCCAAUUUGGGAAAGAUAUAUGAAAAAGAAAUAAGUAAAGAUAAACUGAAAUGAAAUUAAUUUCGUUUAUUCACGAAAUACUUAAAUUCAAACUAAUUUUAGCACCCGACAGUGCAGAAUCAAAAACGCAAAAUCUUUGCAAGUUUUCAUGCUACUUAUGUAUUAACGCGUACCACGGAGAUCUUCAUGUUUAACAGCAUAUCAUUGGCAAACAUUCAGUAAAUUAAUAUGUCAUGUCUUGAGGUAUUUUUGGCGAUUAUUCGCUGAUUGCAAUAAAAAUCUUUAGCAAUUAAUCAUGACUACACCAUCUCAUUUAAUUUAAGAAGCCCUGUUACAUACUACGUCUUUUCAUGUUUAAAUAACAUACCCAAUUGUUAUGCUUUUAAUUAAUUCUUAGUUAUAUUUAAUUGAAUUUAUUUUUAAAAAUUUAUAAUUAUUUCAAAGUGUAGAAUAAUGGUGUAACUUUCUGCAAUAUUUGAAACUUCAGCCAAUAUUUUAUUUUUAUUCUAAAAUUUCUACUAAUAUGAAUUUUAUUCAAUUAUCAUUUUAUUUGUCAGUAAAACUGGUUUCUGUCUAUUUGCUACUUCAUCUCAGUUAUUCCGGCUCCGACUUGAAACCAUUUAAUAAUCUUUAAAUAAAACGAAUUAAAUUCUAAAUAAGCACAUAAACUAAUUCUGAUCUUUCACUUUAGACAUUUAGAGAAUAUUUCGGAAAAAUAAUGCACCAAGUGAUCAAGAAUUGCAAAUAUUUCUAAUCAAAUUCUGCUUUGAGAUAACACAUGGUUUUAUUUCAAAUGAAAUAUCCUUCAAUAUAUUUAAAAUAAAAAUAAGGAUAGUUAAUUUGUGUUUCUGCAAAUUUUUUUGGACAUAAAUAUUUUUUAUCCUUUGAUUUUUCUUUUAUGAAUUUAUAUCACAAUUCUUGUGUAAUUAACAAAUAUUUUUAUUUAAAAAAUGAUUAAUUUUCUAUGCUUGCAAUUUUGCUUUGACAUGUUUUCACUUUAUGAAGGUUUUAUUGUUUCAUUUGAGACAAUAUAUCAACUUGAUUUAAAGAAAAUUUUACUUGUGCCAAAAUAUUUUCUAGUUUGUCGGCCAUGAAGGAACAUAUACUCACUUAGCAAAGAUGUUUCUAAAAAUUUAACUUAUAGCGUCAAACAGUAAACUGGACAUGCCAAAAAAAAAAAG